AUGACGUCAAUAUUAUCUCAUCAUCCUGUAUUUGUUAAUAACUAUACAAAUCUGUACAAACCAAAUCUAAUAAACCAUAAUCUGAAAUCAACUGAUGAAACCAACUUCAAAUGUACAAAUGGUCCAACGUACAAUGUUGAUUUAUUACAAUGGCAAACGAAUACAUCAAGCAGUUCAUUGGAUCGGUUACGAUUGCGCAAUAAUCGUCGAAAAGAUUAUAUUCGUGAAAAUAUUCGUCAACUUAGACAAUUAGAAGACAGUAUAACAUUUAAAAAACGUGUUGCAGAACAAUGUGGUAGAUCAGUUCUCUCAACAGAUCGUACACAAAACAAUACAUGCAACAAAUUUAUUACAUGUCAUCAUGCACAAACUAGACAAUCUCAAUCAAAUGAAAAUCCUAUAUCUUCGGAGACUGGAUUUAAUACAUCAAUUAAGUCAUUAUCAAAAACUGACCCGAUCAAAUCUAGUAAACAAAAUAAAUAUAGUAUUAAUUUAAACAAAACUGAUAAUCCCAAAUAUCUACAAUCAAACAACUCAUCAAUAUCUACACAAACUGAUAAUUAUAUAGAUCAAUUGAAGCAAACUAUUCCCCCACAUAUGCCUAAUUCACAUAAUGUUUCUUCUAAAAAUAAGGGACAAUCUCAUCAAUCUUUAUCAUUAAGAACAAAUAAAUCUGAUAAAAAAAUACAACGAACAACAUUAACACCAAUUCAAUCAAUUAAAAAAACAGAAUAUUUACGUGCACAUUCUCGUGAUAUUGAAGAUGAAGUUGAUCUAAAAUAUUUAAGUAGUAUACCUAUUUCACCUAUACAUAAACAUUUGAAUUCAGCUAAAACAUCUGUACCAAAAGCUGAAUCAGCUAAAAAUGUUGAAUUUAUCAGACGUGAUAUUAAUUUUGUUCGUGCUAAUGCUCAUAUGGCAACAGCACCAAGUGUAAAAAGAACUGGAAUUCGACGGAUAGCAAGUAUGAAUUCUUUAUCGUUAAAUGAUAAAACUCAUCUAACGGAUUCAAAUAUAACAAAAUCACAAAUAUCGCAAACAUCAAGAAUGUGGCCUGAAAGACGAUUAAAAAGUGGGGUUAUCCCACCUUACCUAAUCAAAAUGAAACAAAAAGAAAAAGAACGGAUUCAAAAAGAAUUGGAAAACCAACCUGAUCCAGAUCAACCUCCAGGACAUCAGAGAAUGCCGGAAGAAGAACGUCUAAAUACAUUAGAAUUGCUUAACAAAGCUCAUACUCAGUUGUCAGAGGAAUUUUCUCACCUCCCAGUACGUAUGGAUACAUUGAGAAUUCGUUCUAGACGUGCAGAAAUUGAAAGUCGUCUCAGUGAAUUAGAACAAGCUAUUGAAAUAUUCAGUAAACCGAAAGUAUUUAUUAAACCUGGUUAA